AUGAAUAAUAUCAAUAAGCAACUCAUUAAGGAUAUAUAUAAAAUCGGCCUCGAACAUAAGGACUUUAUAAAUAUUGAUAGUUUGGAAGAAAUAUAUGAAAAAAAAAAAAAAGCAAAAAUAAAGAGAAAUGAAAUUGUUUAUGCAUUAAAUAUUCUUGAAAAUGCAAGAGCAUGUUCUAUUAAAAAUGAAAAUAAUAAAAUUAUAACUCGAAUGCGAACUGAAGAAGUUACUAAAAAAUUAAAAGAAUUAAGUGACAUUGAUUUUUUAAUUUUUAGUAAAGUUGAAAAUAGUCAAAGUAAUGGAAUUUGGACAGCUGAUUUACGAAAACAAACAAAAUUACUUAUCCACCAAGUUCAAAAGGGCUUAAAGUUUUUGUGUGAAUGCAAAUUAAUCAAGCAGGUUAAUAACAUUCACGUUAAAAACCGUAAAAUGUAUAUAUUAUAUGAUAUAGAGGCUUCAGAAAAGGUUAUUGGCGGGUCAUUUUACAAAGAUGGUGAAUUUAACAAAAAAGUUGUUGAUUAUAUAAGAGAGAAUAUUUGUUUUUAUUUAUAUAACAAUAAUAAUUCUAAUGUUACGUCUGUUAUUAAUUAUAUUAAGAAGCUUAAUAAUAGUAUUGGUUAUUUUUCUGAUAAUGAUAUAUAUAGAGUUAUAAAAACAUUAUUAUUUGAAGAGAGAAUUAAAAUAUAUAAAAAUAAUGAUAAUGAAGAAUUAAUUUAUUAUUAUAAUAAUGAAAAAAAAAAAAUUCUUAAUCAAUUUCCGUGUUUUUCUUGUGAUAUUUUUAAUAAAUGUAAUUUCGAUACAAAAACCAAUAUCAACCCAAAGACUUGCUUAUAUUUAAAUGUUUAUCUUAAUUUGGAGGUAUAA